GCUUGAUUCGGGUCGGAUUCCUCUCGCCAUGUAGCGCAGGCUACGGGCGCUCUCUUCUUGCCUGCUCGGGUGGAUCCGUUCCAGCGCAGCCGGGCGGGGACCAUGCGGAGAGCCCCGGCGCCCGGGCUGCUGCUCCCGCCGCCGUCGCCGCUGCUGCUGUUGCUCGGGCUUCUGGUGCUGGACAGGGGCUGCACGGCGCAGUACUCCAGCGACCUGUGCAGCUGGAAGGGGAGUGGAUUAACGCAUGAGUCCCACAAAAAAGAUGUUGAACAGGUCUACCUCCGCUGUUCUGAAGGAUCCAUAGAAUGGAUGUAUCCCACAGGAGCGCUGAUAGUCAAUCUGCGACCCAAUAUUAUAUCUUCCUCUUCCAAACAUUGGACUGUUUGCAUAAAGCCUUUCAAGGACUCCGCAGGAGCAAAUAUUUAUUUGGAAAAAACUGGAGAAUUGAAACUGCUGGUCCAAGAUGGAGAUCAUAGCCCCACUAGAGUGCAUUGCUUCAGCUUUGAUCAGGGCGGACUCUUCGUCGAGGCUGCUCCUCAGCAGGACAUUAGUCGGAAGAUUACGGGCUUCCAGUAUGAACUGAUAAACAAGGGGAUAGCAUCUGAUUUGCACAUGGUUUCUGCUCCCUGCCGACCCUGCAGUGACACGGAAGUGCUCUUGGCUGUCUGCACUAGUGAUUUCGUUGUCAGAGGUACCAUCCAAAAUGUAAUCAAUGAAGAGGAACAGCAAGAUUCCAUCAUUGAUGUGAGCGUGAAUAGAAUCUACAGGCAGAAGACCAAGAUCUUCAAGCCUGCAGAGGAGAGCGGAAGCUGGCAAGGACAGAUCAAGACGCUGCUCCAAUGUGGAGUCAGACCAGGAGAAGGAGACUUCCUCUUUACGGGCCGCAUGCACUUUGGGGAGGCCAGGUUAGGCUGUGCUCCUCGUUUCAAAGACUUCCAAAGGAUGUACAAGGAGGCCAAGGACAAAGGGCUAAAUCCAUGUGAAAUUGGCCCAGACUGAAAUGGCAUUCUUCAACUGUAGGUCACUCUUGGGGCUCAGCCAGAACUAAUUCUUAGUUGCUGCAGAUGCGCUGAUCUAAAUGGAACUAAUAAAGGAGAGAGGAGUAAUCUGAUGUCAGGAAUGAAAGAUACUUACUUUUGGAGGUCCUUCACAGGAGACUGGAUGAGCUUUUAUCAGGGAGGGUUUAAGUCUAGGGACUCCUGCUGCUGCAGGAGACUGGACUCAAUGACCCUUGAGGUACCUUCUAUGAUCUUAUGAAUAUGAGAACCACACAAGCCAAUUUUUGUGGCCAGUGGCACGCUAAUGGAAGCGACUGAGGUACGAGUUAAAGGAUUCAAGGCUGGAAUGGAAUCCCACAUCUUGUCCAUGUGAACUAAAUUAUUUUUGUAACUUCCUUGGGGGAGCAGGGGGAACAACUAAAAAGAAGAAAUGCUUCACAAUCUCCAUGUCUUAAAACUAUCAAUCAGCUGAUGAACCUUUGUAUCUUUGUAAUACUAAUGUUUUAAAAUGUGUUAAGCAGAUGUAGCAUUUUGCAUGGUAUAAAUGGACAACAGCGUGGUAGAAACCGGUGAAAACCAUCUUAACAUUGAUGCUUUGUAAAAAGCUUGGUGUACAAUUUUUUGAAAUUGUUUCUUAUGACAGAAAUUUAUGAAACCAAACACUUGCUUUCCUUUUUUAAAAAAAAAUUAAGAGAAUGUACAAUUGCCACCUGCAAUUUUUGCUCAGGCUGGUGAGUUGUUUCCAUUCCAGAGAAAUAAAAUGUUCCUGGACUUGA